CGGACCGGCUUUACCCGGGAAUUAAAUAGUGUAUUGUAAUUGGCCGGGGGGAGCUACACACCGCCGUGGCUUCAAAGGCCUUUGUUCCAGUCGCAUCCCUAAUUCGGGUCACGUUGGAAAGAAGAAGAAGAAGGAUGAAGGAACCAUCGAAGAAGAGCGAGAUCGAGUACUGCAAGGUGUGCCGAUUGCAUCACGACCACGGCUCGCGCCACAAGUACUUCCCUCGCCACAAGGACCUCCUCUCUACCUUCCUCGAUCGAUUCCGGACGAAGAUUGCUGACGUCAGAUUCUUCCUGAAGAACCCUAGCGUUCUGCGGCCACAAGAGCAGUCGCAAAACCGUGUUUGGUGUGUCUUUUGUGAUGAGGACAUUGUUGAGCUCGGCAGCUCCUUCGCCUGUUCUAAGGCAAUCAACCACUUCGCAAGUUCGGAUCAUCUUAAGAAUGUCAAGCAAUUUCUUUCGAAAAAUGGUCCGGCGAUGGAUUGCAUUGACGAUUUCCGUAUUUCAGAAGCUAAUGUAGCUACGUGGAGAAGAAAAUGCCAGUCAUUGGGAAGUGAAGAUGCAUCCUCUUUUAAAGGGUCCUGUGAGCAGCUGUCUGGGACAUCUAAUGGAAUAAGUAUCAGAUAUCACAUUCAGAGCUUCCUGGAGUUGCACAUUAUGGUUCAUAUCUGAACAUGGAUUCUUCUCACCUCCCUUUACAUACUGAUCCGCCGAGUAAUUUACCAGGGAACGGGUUUGGCAAACAUGUCAUUCCUUCUAGAAGCAAGGAUUACCCAAGCAGUCAAGAUCAGGUGAG